AUGAUUACCUUACCUGAGGCGCACCAGUCGGACGUAAAUGUGAUCUCCUGGAAUCGGCUACAGCCGGUGUCGGUGGUGAGUGGUGCCGAUGACGGUUGCAUCCGAGUCUGGGAUCUGCGCAUGGUGAGCCAGCAGGGCAAAUCCGGUGGUGAUCAGGUAACCGCCUUCACCCACUCCUUUGAAUAUCACCGGGCUGCCAUCACGUCAGUCGAAUGGCAUCCGAACGAAGCUGGAAUUUUUGUGGCUACCUCAGAGGACGACCAGACGACCCUUUGGGACAUUACACUGGAGCAAGAGGCCGCUGCCGCUGAAGCUGCUGCUGCCGCCAAAAUGGAAACAGACGACGCACAGGCGGAUGCAGCCAGCGAGCCCAGUGAGGUCCCCGUCCAGCUGCUUUUCAUUCACACCGGCCAGGAGGAAGUGAAGGAGGCCCACUGGCAUCCGCAGAUACCGGGUCUUGUGAUAAACACCGCCGCGGAUGGAUUUAACGUUUUUCGGACAAUUUGCAUAUGA